UGUGUUUAUUAGGCUAUUAAUUACUGCUUGGGGUAAAUAAAAGUAUAUUGUAAUGAGCGUACCUGAUAAAAUUAUCGACUCUAUAGAGACCUGCACUGGCUGUACAAGGUACGUACGUCAUUUUUAUCCAUGGCUAGUAGAUCUAAACGUCUAUGCGAUUUUGACAAUUCUCCCGCGAAGAGAAAACAUUUCACGCCACGUGACUUUAGCGUGAAAUUCAAAUAGGAGGCCAUUGCAUGACUGAAAUUUAGCCGACAUUCGUGAUUCAAUCUGCGAUUUUAGAUUACUUUUUCAUUUUCUAGCGACUGUAUUAUAUAUAAUACUUUGAUAUCGAUCUCAAUAUAUGCAAAUAAUCUGACUCAAAAGUUCUCGAAAUAUAAGCGCUAUAUGUACGGGAGGUACUUGCGGGGAAAUAACGCUGUAUCAUACGGUCUGUCAUGGAGUCAACUGGCGGGGUUUCGAUUCCCAGGUUGUACGUGACAAGGAGUAGGGUCGCCUGUCCAACAUCGUAGGUUUUCUCCAGGUCCUCCCACUGCUAAAGACCCCUACGCGCAAGCGAAUUAUUGAACUAAAAUUGAACCAUGUGUUAGUCCCGAAAUGACCUAGUUUGUGUCGAGUUGAUGUUAAACCCCAUUUCUCUCUCUCUCUCUCUCUCCAGAGAUACAACCCCAACCCCAAAUACUGUUUUGAAAUAUUUGAUGUGAAGCAUUCUGACAAUCAGAAGAUGAGCACUAUCAAUUUUGUCUUUCCACGUUCCAGCUCUUGUAAAUAUAGGAAGAUUGGACAUGGCAAAAUGUUUGUUUGCGUAGGGACGGAGGGGCUGACAAGGGAAGCUGUCUAGUCGUUCGGAUGGGACGAAAAACCGAGGUCCCGUGUACACAUUGGCAGUUGGAAUUCGAUAUAAGAGUAGGCCGUAGUGCCGCUGUCCGGGCAAAAUUUCCCUCAUAGCACACUGUAUGGCGUAUGCCCGUCUUCAUUAGCCCAGGUUAGGAGCAGAACAGUAAGACGUUAAACUCCAUUUCAUUUCAUUUGUUUGCGUAGAAGCACGGUUUUAGAGACCCCGUUGGCAUCUAAUUAUUUUGUAUAGUUUCAGAUAAUCAGAUAAAUAUGGCAUACUCACAGGAAACGACAAGCAAAAAGGCAAGUGAAGAAGGUCGCAUGGCCAUCGAUGACAUGGCGGAAAUGAAUAUACUUCAGAAAGUAAAUACAACAUGUAAAAUCACCAAUUUACCGGAUGCUGUAGCCAUAGAGGAACGUAAAGGACUUAUAUUUACUGUAACUGGUGAAACAUCCAAUAAUCAACCACUCAAAUUUAAAUGGAGCUGGGAUCCUGAAGAAGCUGAACAAUAUUUCACUCUCCAUCCUGAAUAUGAUGAAUUACGUGUGCAUGUUACGUCAGAUUCUGUGUUUACGUGUAAUUGUGUGACUCUAACAGUUACAGUAAAUGACGGAAUGAGUGAUUCACUUCCAGCUAAUCUAGAAAUUGUCAAAGCGGAAGUGCGGUUGAUAUUAAUUGGAAAAACUGGUGUUGGUAAAAGUGCCCUGGGGAAUAGUUUGUUGGAUUUAUCACUAGAUACUAGAUUUUUAUCUAAGUCAAGCGCUGCCUCGGUUACAAGCUGUAAUUCAUGUAAACAUUGUGUCAGAGAGGUAGACGGUGACAAGUAUCUUUUCAAAAUACUUGAUACCCCAGGAUUAUUAGAUACCAAAAUUUCACACCAAAACGUUAAAAAUGAACUUGCAAAAUGUAUGAUUCAUCUGGCACCAGGACCCCAUAUAUUUUCGUUUAUUUUACCAAUAGAUAGGAUUGAUGGACAUGUCAUGGAAACUGUGGAAAAAUACAAGGAAUUAUUUGGGGAAUGCCUAGAAAAGUUUGGAGUGAUUAUUUUUACAAAAAAAGAUGCACUGGAUGGAACAUUUGAUGAAUAUUUGGAAGAUGUUAAACCAGAAUUUAAAGAAUUUUUGGAAGGUUACUGUGGGAAUCGAUAUUCUCUUAUCGACAACAAAAACCCACGGCCUGAUGAUGUUAAUGGUAUUUUAAGUCUCUUGCUGAAAACAAAAAGAAACAAUAAUGGCAAACACUACAGAGAUGCAAUGUUUGAGGAAGCUAAGAAAUUAUACGAAGACAAGCUCCAGCAGAAAGAAGAUGAGAAAACUAAAGUAGAGCGGGAACUCAAACAACAACUCCACCAGAAAGAAAGAGAACUCAAACAACAUUUCAAGCUGAAAGAAGAACAAGAAAGAGAACUUAAGCAACAACUCAAGCUGAAGGAAGAACAACUUAAACAGCGCGAGAGCGAAUUUACGGAAAGAGAAAAUGAGCUAGAAGCGACUAAUAAUAAGUUCCAAAUUAUGGUGAGAGAAUUUGCUGCAAGAGAAAAAGAAUUUAAAGAGCGAGAGAAAGAAUUUGACGAAAUGAAUAACAAGUUACAAAAUAUGGAAAAAGAGAAUAAAGCACUGAAUCUCCAAAACCAAACAUUGUUGGAAGAACAUAACAAGAAAAGUCCAUCGGAUCAAGAGACAGAUGUCAACUCUGUGACAAAUCCACAACCACAAAUCGCCGAAAUGGAAAAAUCAAAACAAACAGUAGAUAUUCAAAGUGUAGGUUUUGAAACUCUAUCUAAUCCAUCUGGACAAGAGAUAGAUUUGAAGACGGCGACGGAUUCACAACAACAAAUCGCCGAAUUGGAAAAAUUAAGACAAACAGUAAAUAUUCAAAAUGUAGAUUUUGUGAAACUAUGUAGUCUUCUUUUACAAGAUGGCUGUUUGAAUGAAAAAGAUAAAGAGGAUAUAGUUUCAUCAGAAUCGUCAUCCUCAAUGGAUACACUUAUGGAUAAAUUAAAUAAAACAAACAACAAUAACAAGGCCUACAUCAUUGUUAUUAACCAUUUAAAGAGUGGAACUACCAAGGAAACCAACAACACAACACAAGAUUAUGAUGCUAAAUAUAAACAAAAGCUCAAUGGAAACAGACGGAAAUUUAUGUCUGUGCUGGCUGACCAUAUACAAGAUCUUAUUGCAAGAUUACGUGAAAAGUGGGCAUUACAAGCAUUUGAAGCAAAGGCAAUUCAAAAAGUCAUUAGCGAGAACAAUCCAGAAGUAGGGAUAUCGUCUCUGAUAGAUGUUCUUUGUGAACGGGAGGAAGUUGUGUUUAAUAAGUUUAAGGAAUGCUUGAGAGAAAUGGGAUACAAUGAAUUGGUAGAUGAUUUCUUAGAAGAUACUGAUGAUACAGAUGAUCACUUACCAAUAGAUGAAGAAAGCAGAGGGUUGACAAUUCCAGAUGAUGUAAAUUAUAACCAGACAUCUGUACAAAACAAUAAUAUGGCCACCACAUCAAUAACUCCUGUAUUACACCAACCAUUUGUUAUGUAUGAAAAUAAUAAUACUACUCAGGAUGCAAUAACAACUAAAUCUAAUAAAACAACUGACAAAAAUAUAAUUAACACAAAAUCAAUAUAUGAUACUUGUCGAUAUGGUACACUUGAUGAAGUCAACAGUUUAAUAAAUAAAAACAUAGAUUUAAAUAAUCCUGACGAUCUGGGUCUAACACCAGUAUUUUACUGUGUUCAUUCUAAAAUAAAACCAUUAGAGAAGGUAAAGUUACUUUACUCUUCUGGUGCCAGGUUAGAUGUUAAAACUCGUUAUGAUGGUCGUAAUAUAUUACACUAUGCAUGUCAGUUUAGUACAACAGACUGUCUAGAAUAUUUGCUAGAAGUAGGGCUUGAUAAAGAUGGUAGGGAUGGUGGUAAUAGGACGCCAGUAUUUUAUUGUGUUAGGUCUGAAAUAAACCCAGUAGAGAAAGUAAAAUUACUCUCUUCUGCUGGUGCGAUGUUAGAUGUCAAGAGUGAUGAUGGUAAUUUAUUAGACUGGGCUCGUAUGUUUGGUAAAACAGAAUGUGAAUCAUUUUUACGCGAAAUAGGCCUUUGAUAAAUAGAAUAUAAAUAAUCAUACAACAUCUUUAUUUUUGUAGUUAAUAAGUAUGUUAGGACUAAAUGAAAAUGUUUUGUUUUAUUUUGAUGUAAAUUUAUUAUAAAUCAUUUUUUGUCAAUAUCAACAACAUUCUGUACAUAGACAGGCCACCUACCUGCCAUUAAAACUAGUAAAACGUGAUUACAAUUCAGUAGGUCACAUUAAAUCUAUAAACAAAUUGAAAGUAUUAUUACCAGGUUGAAUAACAUGAAUAGAAAAUCAACUGAUGUGAUGUUUUGUUGGUCAGGAAAGUCAACUUUAAUACAACAUUCUUUUAAAUAAUAACACAGUGAAUUACAUUAACCAAGAGAUAUGAUUGGAGAGGAAUAGAAUAAUAUUUGAAAUGAUGUUGAACCUGUAAUAAUAGAAGACAACCGGCCAGUAUGGAUGUAAAACUAAAUUUAUCUACAGCCGUUCAAACUGAAUACCCCACAUAAUUCAGAAAAUAAUAUAUUUACUAUAGAAGAGCUGCUGUAUUCAAACACAAAUAAUAAUAUAUAAUGAAAUCUGAAAUCCAUCUGUGUACAUAUUAGUGGGCACCUAAGAGUGCCAUUAUCUGUUGGAAAUCAAGAAAGAGGUUCAUGGAAAGGCCGCUGUCUGGGCAAAAUUCUUCUACCUCGCAUUGCCCAUAAAACCAUAGAAAUAAACAUUAUAUUAUGUUUGUUGGUAAAUCACUGUUAGCAGUCUUUUUACAUGCUUGCUACAGUGUUCACGACUAGACCUCGGUUUUUCAUCCAAUCCAAUCUACUUGUCAGCCGCACAGGAGAAGAUUAGCCAUGGUAUUCUUAUUGGGUUUUGAUUUAGUGUAUAACUGUGAUUUUCUAGUUUCGAUAACACUCGUACAAAAUGUUUUACUUAAAUUUAUCCGGGAACCUUGGUUGACUUACAAGGAGGUUGAGAGUUCGAUUCCAGUGCAAAGGAACAGUCUACACAUUUGGGUGGGACAAAAAACACUGCUGUGCAGAUAAAACAGUGGAUAGAACAGUGAAAAGACGGGUGACUCAGGAACAGAAUGUUGCAAAACUGAAUAUUGUCAUUUCAUUUUACCCCAAGGCUUCAAACCAGAUAUGAACAAAUCCAUUCAAAACCAUAUCCACUGUCACAUUCACAUGGUUUUCUGAAAAAGGGACAUAACUGUGGGAUGGAUGGUUGUGAAAGUUGACAGUUGGAAUUCGAUAUAAGAGUAGACUGUAGUGCUGCUGUCCAGGCCAAAUUUCCCUCAUAGCACACUGUAUGGCGUAUGCCCAUCUUCAUUAGUUCAGAGCAGAACAGUAGGACGUUAAAUUUUAUUUCAUUUUUAUUGUGUAAAAUACGCGUGAUUAGAAAUUUACUAAUUGCAUCAUCAUACACUGUAACCAUCCAAUCAUAUCAGUAAUUGGACAGAUCCAGUGUUUUAAAUAACCUGAUCUGAGCGUGAUAGACUUCAAGGCUAAUGUCAAUAUGAUUCCUAUAAAAGAGACCCUGCCA